CUGCCUUUCGGGUGCGCGCGCGACGCUGCGGCUUUUUUCUGGCCUCUGCGGCGCACCCCUCCUCGCCCCUGAGCUAUCGGACGCGCGGCUCCUUUCCUUGAGCUUCCCGGGGGCGAGACGCUGGCCGGCUGAGAAGACGCUGCGGGCAGCACCUCCGUUAUCCUCAACUGGAAAAGAUUGCUGACCACCUCCAUGGACUACCUCCAACUUUGAAGGGUCACCUUACUCAGGGCACUGCCAGCAGGAAAGAGAAGAUUUGAAAUCACAGAAGACAAACACAUUCUUCUUAAAACGAAAAGAAGAAAUCUGUGUACUUUAUUGUUGGCUUCCAAAGAUUACUAACUUUUAUCUGUCUCACUAAAAUUGAACUGCCUUGGCUCUACUGCUACUCUUACUGCUGCUUCCAUUAUCGCCUUCUUCAGCAAAAUAAGGCUCUCAGAAGCCAAAAGUAACAAGACAUAAACAUCAUUUUAUAAGCCUUUCACUAUGAAACUUAAACUAAAUGUGCUCACCAUUAUUUUGCUACCUGUCCACUUGUUAAUAACAAUAUACAGUGCCCUUAUAUUUAUUCCAUGGUAUUUUCUUACCAAUGCUAAGAAGAAAAACGCUAUGGCAAAGAGAAUAAAAGCUAAGCCCACUUCAGACAAACCUGGAAGUCCAUAUCGCUCUGUCACACACUUCGACUCAUUAGCUGUCAUAGACAUCCCUGGUGCAGACACUUUGGAUAAAUUAUUCGACCAUGCUGUAUCCAAGUUUGGAAAGAAGGACAGCCUUGGGACCAGGGAAAUCCUAAGUGAAGAAAAUGAAAUGCAGCCAAAUGGAAAGGUUUUUAAGAAGUUAAUUCUUGGGAAUUAUAAGUGGAUUAACUAUCUCGAAGUAAACCGAAGAGUGAAUAAUUUUGGCAGUGGACUCACUGCAUUGGGACUGAAACCAAAGAACACUAUUGCUAUUUUCUGUGAGACCAGGGCUGAAUGGAUGAUUACAGCACAGACCUGCUUUAAGUACAACUUUCCUCUUGUGACUUUGUAUGCUACACUUGGCAAAGAAGCAGUAGUUCAUGGACUAAAUGAAUCUGAAGCUUCCUAUCUGAUUACUAGUGUUGAACUUCUGGAAACCAAACUUAAGACUGCACUGUUAGAGAUCAGUUGUGUUAAACACAUCAUUUAUGUGGAUAAUAAGACUAUCAAUAAAGCAGAGUACCCUGAGGGAUUUGAGAUUCACAGCAUGCAAUCAGUAGAAGAGUUGGGAUCCAAGCCAGAAUACUCAAGCAUUCCUCCAAGUAGACCAACUCCUUCAGACAUGGCCAUUGUCAUGUACACCAGUGGUUCUACUGGCCGCCCUAAGGGAGUGAUGAUGCAUCAUAGUAAUUUGAUAGCUGGAAUGACAGGCCAAUGUGAGAGGAUACCGGGACUAGGGCCAAAGGACACAUAUAUUGGCUACUUACCUUUGGCUCAUGUGUUAGAAUUGACAGCUGAGAUAUCUUGCUUUACCUAUGGCUGUAGGAUUGGAUAUUCUUCUCCACUUACACUAUCUGACCAGUCCAGCAAAAUUAAAAAGGGAAGCAAAGGAGACUGUACUGUACUGAAACCAACACUAAUGGCUGCUGUUCCGGAAAUCAUGGAUAGAAUUUAUAAGAAUGUUAUGAGCAAAGUUCAAGAAAUGAAUUAUAUUCAGAAAACUCUGUUUAAGAUAGGGUAUGAUUACAAAUUGGAACAGAUCAAAAAAGGAUAUGAUGCACCUCUUUGCAAUCUGUUACUGUUUAAAAAAGUCAAGUCUCUGCUGGGAGGGAAUGUCCGUAUGAUGCUGUCUGGUGGGGCACCGCUGUCUCCUCAGACACACCGGUUCAUGAAUGUCUGCUUCUGCUGUCCCAUUGGCCAGGGCUAUGGACUGACAGAAUCAUGUGGUGCUGGGACAGUUACUGAAGUUACUGACUAUACUACUGGCAGAGUUGGAGCUCCUCUUAUUUGCUGUGAAAUUAAACUAAAAGACUGGCAGGAAGGUGGUUAUACAGUUCACGAUAAGCCAAACCCCAGAGGUGAAAUUGUAAUUGGCGGGCAGAAUAUCUCCAUGGGAUAUUUUAAAAAUGAAGAGAAAACAGCAGAGGAUUAUUCUGUGGAUGAAAAUGGACAGAGGUGGUUUUGCACUGGUGAUAUUGGAGAAUUCCAUCCUGAUGGAUGUUUACAGAUUAUAGAUCGUAAGAAAGAUCUGGUGAAGUUACAAGCUGGAGAAUAUGUGUCUCUUGGGAAAGUAGAAGCCGCACUGAAGAACUGUCCACUUAUUGACAACAUCUGUGCUUUUGCCAAAAGUGAUCAGUCCUAUGUGAUAAGUUUUGUGGUUCCUAAUCAGAAAAGGUUGACACUUUUGGCACAACAGAAAGGGGUAGAAGGAACAUGGGUUGAUAUCUGUAAUAACCCUGCCAUGGAAGCUGAAAUACUGAAGGAAAUUCGAGAAGCUGCAAAUGCCAUGAAAUUGGAACGAUUUGAAAUUCCAAUCAAGGUUCGUUUAAGCCCAGAGCCAUGGACCCCUGAAACUGGUUUGGUAACUGAUGCUUUCAAACUGAAGAGGAAGGAACUGAAGAAUCAUUACCUCAAAGACAUUGAACGAAUGUAUGGGGGAAAAUAAAAUGUUGCUGUCUUAUUUACAGUUGUAGGGGAGGUGGCCUCGUAGUUUUUUCUGUUCUGGAGUUUCAGUUUUUAUGGAACUGUCUGUUAGAAUGUAAAGUGAAUCAUUCUAAAGACAUGGUAAUUAAAACAAAAAACCCAAAACUGAUUAAAAUAGUUAUUGAAUCUACUUUAACUUAGUUUUGCUUAGUUCUAGUGAAGCUGAAAUUGAAAAUUUAUUUCCCUUUAGCUGUGUUAAUUUUAGAGCAGAAACUCUGAUUUUAAAAAUUAGCCUAAGAUACACAUUUUCCUAAAGAAAAAUAUUUAAUGUUGAACAACAUAAAUUGGAGUUGGAAUAGAAUGUAGUUUGAGGAAAUCUGCAACUUCCAAUGUCUUCCUACUUCAGAAGUUUAAUUAUUAAGCAUGACAAAAAGUAUGUAUUAACACUACUCAAAGCAGAAGUGCUUCAGGGCUUUAAAAUUCUCUUCCAACAUCUUACCUUAAAGGGAAAAUUCAAUCAUAAUAUGAUAUAAAGAGGCAAAUAAUACCUUACGAAGUGUUAUUUUAAGAUCAUAAUCAUUGCAUAGGUUAGACAUAGAACCAUUAAAACAUUGUGAAGAAUUACAGUGCCUAAAGUAAAAAUGAAAUAACAUACAUACCAAAAAUAUUUAGUAAUACAUUUGAAGGGAAUUUGAACUGGUCUUUGAAAUAUCGAGAUAUAAAAUGAGUAACUGCAAUUAUUUAAAUGACUUGAAAGUACAUUUUUUAAAAUGCUGAAAAUCGCUUCUCUGUGUUCAAAAUGAAAGACUGAAAUCAAGAGUAAAAUGAUAGAAAAGUUAAUCAAAAUUUAACAGUAAAUAUAUUCUUUGUUAGAAAACGUGAUAAAAUCACUACUUUUCGGAAUUAUGUCCCUUGACAUAGCACUGAACCUGGGAAGGAGAUUUGGACUCUGGAUUUAUCUUUGAUAACAGGGAUUGAUUUUAAAAUGCACUCGUAUCAAAAUUACAUUUGUAAUUUAUGACCUGUUUUCUGUUGCUGAUUUGACUCUUGAUCAGUAGUUUUCAUUUCAGAGAGCUUUUCAUUUUGCUUUAAUUUUAGCAAAGCAGGUUAUGAUGAAUAACUUCCCAAUUUCUUAUUCAAACCUACGGGUGAUUAAUUAUUUUGGAUGAGUUUUGGGAAGUCAAAGGGAAGAAAACACUGUUAUCGUUUUUUCCUGUUUGUGAAGAGUUUCGAAACUGGAAAUGAUAGAUUUGGGAAAAGGAUAGAGUUACUUGAUAAGCGGUUUAUGUUUAUGCAGUAACUUGGAGUGUGAGUUUCUUUUAUCUCUGAUAGAUAUUCACAUUUCAACCAUAGUUACUGUAAAAAGCAAAAUUUUUAAUACUGUUAUUCUUUGCACACCAUAUAUAUAUAUAUG